UCUGGACUACAGCGCUGGAGCUUCAGCUGUAAUUGGAAUGAGUAAUAGCGCUACUGAAAUAUCACUUUAUACGCGGCUCACCUCGGAACUGGUCGUGCACGUGAGUGCUCCAAACUGAACUUUUGACACUGAAUAGUGAUGGGCAGGUGCUGAUAUUCUUGCGAACAAUUCCAAAACAUUGAAGUCCAUCUUUCUGAGAUUCUUAAACGCCAAGUUUGUGGAUUAUGUAUGAAGAUAGCUGAGUCGUGUUCCGCCUAGAAUCUGUAUUGGCAUCUCCUUAUCACCGUGGGCAUUGUAUGUAGGUUCUGAAGAUGUGGCACUGGAUUCUGGUGGUUGCUGUGUUGCUGUCUCACCCACACAGUUCUGCAGCUCAAGGCCAAUGUAAUAAUGUUGGUGCAGCGGAUAUUGUUUUCCUGGUGGAUGGGUCAUCCAGUAUUGGGCGUGCUAACUUUGUGUUGGUGAAGACUUUCAUGGCACGGAUUGUCAAACCCUUUGCUAGGGCAGUGGGACCCUCUGGCAUCCGCUUUGGAGCUGUGCAGUACAGUGACAUAGCAAGGGAGGAGUUUACCUUCACUACAUACGCAACUGGUACAGAGCUGGUGAAUGCUGUAGAAAACCUCAACUAUAAAGGUGGCAACACCCGCACUGGAGCUGGCCUGAAGUACAUAGCAGAUAACUUCUUCAGCCCAAGCAUCAUCAGAGAUGUGCCCAAUAUUGUUAUUCUCAUCACAGAUGGGAAAUCUCAGGACAAUGUUCAGGACCCAGCUCAGAAACUACGCAGCCUAGGAGUCCGAAUAUUUGCAGUGGGUAUAAAGAGUGCAGAUCAGAAUGAGUUAAAGCUCAUUGCUUCACCUCCUCAUAGUGAAUUCACCUCUUUCACUGGGAACUUUAGGGGCCUCAGCUCUCUACUGCCCCUAGUGUCUCCACGUGUAUGUGCUGCAUCUGGAGGCUCCUAUUCGGCCGAUGGUGACUUCAGUAGGCCAUCUAACUUAGAGUUUUCAGAUGAGACCACUAAUUCAUUCAGGUUUCGGUGGAUACCUGUUGGUGGCCCUGUAAUUAGCUAUGUAGUUCAGUACACUCCUCUUUCUGGUUUGGGUCAGCCACUCACAGCAGAACUGCGCCAGGAGACAGUGCCAGCCAGUCAGCAGACAUAUGUGGCAAAGGACCUGCACUCAAGCACAGAUUACUUGGUCUCAGUUAUUCCCCAGUAUCCCAACAGUGUGGGAGAGGCCUUGUCUGCCAAGACUCGCACCAGGUCUCUGCCGGGUGUGGCAACCUUGCGUCUGGUGCAGGCUGGGUUCUUCAGCUUGGCUCUGGCAUGGGAUGCACCCUCCAGGCCCUUACAGGGCUACAGAAUAACAUACGGACCCAGAGGCCAUCUUGCUAAUCUACAGGAGCAGACGUUUGGGGCGAAGUCCACUUCAGUGACGUUGGAUGGUUUGGAAGCAGACACAGAAUAUAUUAUCAGCCUGUACCCACUCUUUCCUCGUAACAGUGUUACACCUACUACGCUUACUGCCCGCACAUUACGUUUAGAGGGAGUGCAACAGCUCUCUGUCAGCACUGUGUCAAACAGCAGUGUUCAAGUGCGCUGGAGAGGACUCAGUGGUGCCAGAGGGUAUAGGCUUGUCUGGGGACCAUUCAAAGGGCGGGAUGUGGAGACCAUAGAGCUUAGAGGGGACAGUCAGGCCCAUACUCUUGUCAACGUGCAGCCAGACACAGAAUACAUCGUUACAGUCAUUGCUCUGUAUAAUGGAGAAGCAGAGGGGCCAGCUGCAUCAGUACGCUUUAAGAUAGAGCGUUCAGAGCAACAGGUUUUGAAAGCCACCGCUACAGGUCCCACCGGGAUCAAACUGACCUGGAACCUGCUACAAGCAGCCAGGGGCUAUCGUCUGGAGUGGUGGAAGGAAGGCGAGCAUGACAGGGCUCAGAAACAGACAUUUUCUCAAGCUACAACAAGCUAUGAGAUCAGCGGUCUGCAGCCAAGCACUGAUUACAUCGUAACCCUGUACACACUCUAUGAUGGGCGAGAGGAGGCCACACACAUCUCCACUGAGUCCAGCUGGCAUGAACAUCUUAUACACAGCGUUGAAUCUACAGUGAGUCUACCUGUGGGUAGAGUCUCCAAUCUGCAGGUGCUGGAGUCAUUUGGCAACAUUGUACGGCUGGGGUGGACAGGGGUCGCUGGGGCAACCCAGUACAAUAUCCUCAUCCUCAAUACUGAAUCCGGGAUUGAUGUGAACAGGGUUGUUACUGGAAACCAGACAACCAUUGACCUAAGUGACUUGAUAGGCGGUGUGUCUUACUCUGUAAGUGUGACUGCUUUGGUGAACAACAAGCAGGGAGACCCAGCCACUAUCUACAUCAAAGCAGCACAAAUUCCGAGCAAGGUGACAAACUUGCGUGUAGUGACCGCCAACAGCCGGCGAAUCAGAAUUUCUUGGAUAGGGGUCAGCGAUGCGACAGGAUAUAGAAUCACUUGGAGACAAGGAAACACUGCUGAGCAGAUGCGCAUGCUUGGUGCAGACAUCAAUAGCUACAUCAUAGAAGGGCUGCAGCCUGACGAGCCAGUCGUGGUGGGUGUGGCUGCUGUGAGCGGUAGCCGACUUGGUGAUGUGGUGACCAUCUCCACCAGAACUGGUGGCUACACAGGAGCCAUCAAAGACUUACGGAUCAUUGACAUCAGUUCCAAGCGCAUUCGAAUAUCUUGGGAACCAGUAGCCAGAGCAACAGGCUACAAAAUCAGCUGGCAGCGUAGAGAUGGUGUGGAGGACUCUCAGAUCAUCCCUGCUGAUGUCACAUCCUACACCAUUGACAGGCUGCAGCAGGAUUCCUCUUACAGAGUGUUUGUCUCUGCGCUGGCUGGCUCUCGCCAGGGACCUGCUGCCACUCUGAAUGCCAAGACAGUCUCAGUGUCAGAGGAGGUGGUGGUUGGACCUGUCACUCAUUUGCAGCAUGAGCCUCGAGGGGAGGUAGUCAGGAUCAGUUGGGUGGGAGUUCAGGGCGCAACAGCAUACAGGGUGCUGUGGAAGAGAACCGAUGGUGGACAGGAGCAGGUGCAGCUAGUAGGUGGUAAUGUGACAUGGGUGGAUCUGAGGCAGCUAGAUGUCGGAGCUCAGUAUGAUGUUCAAGUCAUGGCCCUGGUCCAGAACCGAGAGGGGCCUCCAGUGUCUGUCAGAGUCACCACAGCACCAGCGCCAAUACCAGAAGUACAAGAGGUGCGUGUAGUCGAGUCAGCCCCAGGUUCUCUGCGUAUUGUUUGGAGAGCAGUGAGAGGUGUCGAUGGAUACAGAAUCUACUGGAGGUCCUCACAAGGUGAGCCUGAAUCAAGUCGUCUGAUCGAUGGACAUGCAAGCACUUUCACCCUGGACGGCCUCCGUCCUGGCUUGAUUUACACCAUACGUCUGGUUUCUCUGAUGAGAGGCCGAGAAGGACAACCUGUCACUCUCACACAGGCCACCGGAUCACUGCAACCUGUGACCGAUCUCAGGGUGGCAGACAUUACCCAGAGUUCUGUGCUUCUGGGUUGGAUCCCUGUCUCAGGAGCCACAGGAUACAUAUUGCGCUGGAAGGAAGAGAGAGACCCAGGCUCCACCCAGUCGCUGACUCUUCCUGACACCACCAGUUCUUUCCGUGUGACGGGUCUGAGGCUGGGCCGGCGCUACCACUUCACUCUGCAGCCCGUCUUUGACAGUGAGGCAGGGCCAGAGACUGCGGCGGAGGAGCGCACAGUGUGUGUGGACGGUCGUUUGGAUGUGGUGUUCUUGAUUCCUGCCUCACGUGAUCGUGUUGCACUGGAGGAGCCUGUGCUAGCUCUGCUCGCCAGCGCUGCAGGAUCCCUCACCGCUAUUGGGGCCAGGGACUCCCAGAUGGGGGUAGUGGUCUACAGUGCAGAACCCAGAGUGCACUUCCUCCUCAAUCGGCAUAGCAACAGCGAAACUCUUUUGCGGGAGAUUUUGUCCACCCCAUUUUCUGACAGAUCCGGAAACAAUAUAGGUCAGGCACUGUCGUUCACUCGACAGUUUUUGCUGAGUGUGAGUGCAGGUCGAAGGCCUCAUGUGCCAGGAGCCGUCGUCAUCAUCGCCGAUGAGAAAUCAGCUGAUGACCUCAGCCGACCUGCUGCUGCACUUAGGAAUGCGGGUGUGACGGUGCUGGCCGUGGGGAUGGGCCAAGCCAACCUGGAGGAGCUGCGUCAGGCUGUCACAGAUGGCAGCACCCAGAACCUGCUGGACAGCCGCGGUGCAGCAGAUCUCUACAGUCUGCACCCAGAGCUGGCAGACCUGCUCUGUGGCAUUGCCAGAGGGACUGGCGCCCAGGGUCCUGGCCCAGAGCAAUGCACUGUCCAGUGUCCACAAGGCAAAAAGGGAGAACCAGGGCAAAAGGGUGAAAGAGGAAGAGAUGGGGUUCCUGGAAGGAAGGGAGAGCCUGGUCGUGAUGGCACUCCUGGUCAUGGGGGCCCAAGAGGGCCUGAGGGACCUCCUGGUCCUCCAGGAAGAAGUGUGAUACCAACAGUUGGAGUAAGAGGAGAAAAAGGAGAAAGGGGUUUUGCAGGGGUGGAUGGUAGUCCAGGAGUUCCUGGACGUCCAGGCUCCCCUGGUGCAGUUGGACCUCCUGGCCCUCAGGGAUUACCUGGGAUCAGGGGAGACCCAGGAGAGCAUGGUGUUGCAGGAUCUCCUGGAGGAAAAGGAGAGAAAGGUGAUAGGGGUGAGCCUGGAUCUGCUACUGGAGGAGGCUUGCCAGGACGCAAAGGAGAACCAGGAAUACCUGGGAUACCGGGCAGUCCAGGGAGGUCUGGCACGGAAGGGGUAAAGGGAGAGGCGGGAGCACUGGGCCUGCCAGGGAAAGAUGGCCGCCCUGGUAUACCAGGCACACCUGGACUAUAUAUAAAGGGGGAGAAGGGGGAUAAAGGAAGCCCUGGAGAAAGGGGCCUUCCGGGAGUGGGCAGUGGGGUAGCAGGGAAAGGAGAUAAAGGUGAACCAGGCAUUCCAGGGCCAGCAGGGCCCCAGGGCCUUAGGGGACUGACUGGACAAAAAGGAGCCAAGGGAGAACUGGGUGAAAGCACAGAAGGCAGUCCAGGACCCCCAGGAAGGCCAGGAGAGCCGGGUGAUCGGGGUCCUCGUGGUCCUCCAGGUGAAAUUGGAAGCAAGGGUGACCGUGGUCAGGCAGGUGAACCUGGAUUACAGGGGGACAGGGGUGAAAGAGGACCACCUGGUCCAGCAGGCGAGAAAGGUGAAACAGGUAAACCAGGACACUCUGGACCUUCAGGACCCAGGGGUUUUCAAGGUGCUAGUGGUCUUCCAGGGGAGAAGGGAGCAGAUGGUGCUAAGGGGGAACCAGGCAGCAGUGGUGCAGCGUUGCCUGGGAGAAAAGGAGAGCAGGGUCAGAAAGGUGACUUGGGUCCUGAGGGUCCUGCAGGUGAAAAGGGAGAGCCAGGGCAGAAAGGGGAGAGGGGUCCUCCUGGAGCUGGAACACCUGGACCACCUGGACCUAAAGGAGAGCAGGGCGAUCGGGGUGUUCCUGGCCUAGCUGGGAGAUCUGGCACAAAGGGCGCCCCGGGUGAACUAGGAGAGAGAGGCGAUGCAGGCAGUCCUGGCCCACAAGGACCAAUGGGCCCUAGAGGCAAAGAUAGGCAUGGAGGGGCAGAAUGGAGACAAAGGAGAAGAUGGCAUCCCAGGGGAGCGUGGACUGCCUGGUAAAUCAGGAGAAAGAGGAGUGAGGGGUAUUCCAGGACAGCCAGGUCAGCCAGGGGCGAAGGGAGACAUGGGUGACCCUGG